GUUCUUCAGAUCUUUGUCCGCAUCCGCUUUUACAUCUAUAUCUCAUCCACACACGCUAUCAUCCCUGAAGGUUCAGACUUUCAAAAAUCACUUGGAGAAGCCACAGCAAAGCCACACGAGGCAAUCGGUUUUUUCCCUGCCUCAACUCGCCGGCUAAUGUGGUUACGCACUUAAUCUGUACUCUCUUUACUCACAUCGGAUCUCUCUAAACAGUCACUGGUGACAACCCGCCAUGUCUCUACCCCAACGUCUACCCAUUCUUACUCCACCGAACCAUGGUCCACCCCCUCUUUCAUCACACCCCGCCUCUGCUCCAAUGCACCAAAGCCGAGGACAUCACCAGCAGGCAAUGUACUUCCAUUAUCCCCAAUCAGCGCAUCCUUCCCAGUUUCAUUAUGUCCCUCCGCCACUUGUAGCUCCCGUACUAGAGACUCGCCCUUCCAAUAGCCAUCAUACCAAUGGUAAUAACGCUGAUGGUGAUACUCCAUGGCUUACCAGGGACUUUCCUCCGAACAGCCAUAUGCACCACGCGGCUAGCCAGUCCCAGGCCGGAGGACCUUCGCACCCGCAUAUCCCAAGACGCAUGACGUAUCAGCCAUCGCCAUCGGAUCCAAUGGUCGAGUAUGAUCAAUGGAAAUCAAGCAGACGAAAUUCACAGAUCUCAUCUGUGCCACCACGCUAUCUAGAGCAUGAACCGCAUGGAUGCGAAAAGGAGCGGGGACAUAAGAAUGAAUUCUCACAGCCAGAGUCUUCUGCUGCUGAAUCACAAAUCAAGUGGCAAAAGAAGCGUCCUCGUACUACAUCGAUGUCCCAACACGAAUCGAUAAUGAACACGACACAGCAAAGCAAACCGCCUCAACAGAGUGAACAAGGUUCGAGUACGGCAGAGAAACUGGUCUAUCCUGCUGUUCUGACUAGAGAAAAGAAGCAAAAAGCGUGUGGUAACUGUCGAAAGGCAAAGUUAAAGUGCAUGUUGGAGCCCGAUGGGAAUGUUUGCGUGAGAUGCAAGGCGAGAAAAGAGAAAUGCGCAUUCUAUCCGAAAGGCCAUGACGAGGAUUGGCAGCAAACUCUUCAGUCCGAUUUGUACGCCGCCACCAACCAUUUAUCCCAACUGUCAGCUGCUGUGAACCACAUGCUCAGCCAUCUCGUCUCUCAAAAUAUCAUACCACCCUUUUCACCUCCUCUGAAACAUUAUGAACAUCCAGACCGAGAUGCUGUUCUUACCUAUAUGGAAAACACGAAAAAGAACUCAAUGACGGAAGGGGGUUCUACGGAGGAAGGGACGAAGAAGAGUAAGAAAAGGAAGGGGUCAAAAUCAGAGGACUCAGCCGAGGACGGCGGGAGUGUACCCUUGGCCAACAGCCCAGAUGGGACGGACAAGCCCCAAAAUUCGUCUUCAUCAGAGAUAACAGUUCCGCAACCUAUGCAGUCCCACCCAGAGCAGUCUUCGCAUGAGCUCCCAGAUACCCUCUUCCCAUCCUAUUCCCCAUCUGAUAUUAUUCCAAACCAAUCUCUUCCCUCUAUCAGCAGUCAAAUGUUCAGCCCAACUUCUUCUUCCGCCAGACUCGGACCUACGCAACAGUCUUUCAGUUUGCCACCCCUCCAUUCUGACUGUAUGGCGACUGCUCAAGAUCAAAGAGUCACGCCUACUUCCUUGCAGAACCAUAGCCCCACUUCUGGCAUCUCGUCCUCGCCACCUCAACCGACUCUACCUCAGUCAGACGAUGCCCGUCAAAUCACCUCGUCUGUCCCUCCUGAGUAUGCAGGAGUAACACAUGCACCUACUCAGGAAGAGUACGGACCACAAUCCCAGGGUGGUGGUUAUGCACAGUCGGGUACACAGAGACAUUUGACUUCUUCUUUACGCGAUGAGCCGAUAAAAGGUCAAUAUGAAGUGGAGGGGGAGUAUGAAGAUGAGAAUGGGAUGGAAAUUGUUCUUGGAUCGAAAGAUCCUAGACAAGAUAUUAUCAAAAAGAAUAUCGUGAAGAACAAGGAUGCUUUGAUACUCGUUAAUUAUUUCCACGGCCAUCUGAGCAGUUUCCUCUAUGGCUACCGCCUCCAAUUCCGUAAAUUCCCAUACCUCGAAGGCGGCCCAUCAACUAUCACCCCGCUCAUCCUCGCUGUCCUUUGCCUCAUCUCCUCUGAGCGAUUCGCGAUCCAUCAACAUUACCGUCUCCCUCUCAUCGACGAAGUCCAAGCUCUACUAGGUACUUCACCCGCAGAGAGCUGGCAGAGUUUUGAAGGGGAUCAGUCGAAAGGGUUUGGGGAUGUGGAGGCAGAUGAUCCGUUAGAUGCCGAAUUUGGACUGGGACCAGAGGAGAUUGUGGCGGCGUGUGUGUUGGCGACGUAUAUGGUGGAUAGGAGGGAAGGGGCGCUGAUUGCAAGGUUCGCGUUCAGAUGGGCAAGGGGUUGGAUCAGGUUGUUGUCGUCGACGCCUCCAAGGGUGACGUUGGCUGAGACAGCAGGUUUUGUACCUCCUGAAAGACAAGCUACAGCACAGGAUAUGGCCAGAGUCUGGCUUUUAUGCUACAUUGUCGACAGCACCGAGCGUCUUCAGUUUACCGAUAUCCCCGCUCCACUCUCACGUGAUGCGUUAUCCUACUGCAACCUCCUUAUCCCCCCAUCAACCUCUUAUCAAUCCCCCUUCUUCUCCCCUGGCUCUCCUCCCCGUCCUGAAGACGCCCCAGACCCACACGAUAUCCUUCUCACCUCUCACGCCAGACUCAUGACCAUCCUAAACGAAUGGAGACACCGCCUCGAACAAAUCGACGUACCCGGUGCGAACCGCCAAGUGUAUGUGGCGCAGUUGAAGAGGUUGGCGGGGAAAGUGAAUGGGGAGUUGGAGUGGUGGAAUGCGGGGUAUCAAGCGACGAAACCGUCGUAUGUAAACGGUAAUAAUGGUGAAGAAGGAAUAGGGGAAGGGAAGGGGUUACGAUGGAGAUAUACGGAAAUGACGUGGCUGUUCGUCAAGAUGCUUGUCAACUCUACCGUGUCUAAAGCCCUUUCCCCUUCUCCUGCCGUCGCUCCUCAUACUCGGCCACUCGUCCCUUCUGUUACAUCUACAUCCGCUUCGAAUAAUUCUACAACACUCUCAACCUCCGACUCUAAACUGCGCGAAGCCUCCAUAGCGCUAGUGGUAGACUGUGCACUCGAGAUUCUGGAGAUGUGUGCGAGGUGGGUGCCGAGAGAGGAGAUUACAAACUUUGGUCCGACGUAUUUGUAUUUCAUAACGCUCGCGGGGAGCGAGCUGGUUUCUGCAUUGGGUGAUGGUGGAGGCGAAGGCGUUGUGUCGAUUGAUGAACUGAUAACUUUGUUUAGGACCGUUGGAGAAGCCCUUUUCAUGGGAGAGCUGCAUGAGCAGCACGUAACGAGGAUGACGGGAAAAUCAUUGUUCUACAACUGUGAUCAACUGGGCAUGAUGAAGUCUUGGAGACAGUAGUUACAAAAUAUGAGAGGGAUAUGAGCCCCAGAUCUUUGCUGUGGCUGUAUAUCAUGGUUCCUUCUUAUCGCAGAUAAUUGUAAUCAUUU